AAUCGUAUUAAUAUAGCUCCAGCUUCUGAUUGCGGGUGAUAUUCUUCGGAAAUGCCACGUAAAAAAAAUCAUUACUACCGAGAGAUCGGCGAGGACACGAGAAUAGCUGUCAACUUGACUAUCAAAAAACUCUUGGAAACUCUUGAGCAAACAGAACUUGAAUUCCCUUCUUCGUACACAGCUGAAGAGAGAGCCUAUAUUCAUAACUUGGCUCGGCAAAUGGGUCUGAAAUCAAAAAGCAGAGGUCGUGGAGCCAAUAGAUUCCUUACAGUUUAUAAAAGAGCAGGCUCAACAAUUGUCCAAGCCGAUGCCAUUGUUAAAUUACAAAAGCUUUCCAGGCAAUCCAUUUAUAGUUUGGUUAAGAAAUUUCCACUCGACAAUAAAGAACGGCGAGACCUUGUGCCUCCUGUUGAAAGAGAGAGAACCUGUGAAGCUGAAGUGAAUUUUAAUACCAAAGCAAUGGGACUUCUUAAUAACACAAUCCCACAAGUACCUAAAUUAAAAACAAAUUAUGAUGUACUCAGUUAUCGCAAUUCUCUAUGUAUCAUGGCUUGGCGUGAUGAAAUUUUACAGAGACUGGCUUCUAAUCAAGUCAUCAUUGUUGCUGGAGAAACAGGCUGUGGUAAAACUACGCAAGUACCUCAAUUCAUCUUAGAAAAUUGUCAGCAAAAUAAUCAAGCAUGUAGAAUAAUUUGUACUCAGCCAAGAAGAUUGUCUGCUGUGUCAGUGGCUGAAAGAGUAGCUUAUGAGAGAGAUGAAAAAGUUGGUCAGACUUUUGGUUAUCAAAUUAGGUUGGAAAGCCGAGUUGCACCAAAGACUCUCUUAACAUACUGUACUAAUGGUGUGCUUUUGAGGACUUUAAUGGGUGAUGAUUCCGCGCUAGCUAUAAUUACACACAUAAUUAUUGACGAAGUGCAUGAAAGGGAUAGAUUUUGCGACUUCCUUUUGAUUGCAUUAAAAGAUGCCCUUGUUAAAUAUAGAGCCCUCAAAAUUAUUUUGAUGAGUGCCACCAUUGAUACUUCUAUUUUUGUUAAAUAUUUUAACAACUGUCCGGUAAUAAAUGUGCCUGGUCUCCUGCAUGAUGUUGACACUUUUUACUUAGAAGACAUUUUGAGGCUUACGAAUUACACAACAAAAGAAAUGCUGGUCAAGAUGAAAGAAUUAACAAGCAAUAAGGAUCGGUGUAAACUGUUAGAAUCAUGGACACAGCACAAGUCUCAAGAAUCAACCCUCUCAAUUCCAUCAAACAGUGAGACAAAAAAUAUGUUUGUAGUACCUAUCUUGAAACCAAGUCAGCAGCAACAGCGAGACAGUUUAGCUGAAACAAGUGUCCAAGACACCAUUGAGCCAGAAGUAUGGUUAGUUGAAGAAAUGGACAAAUUAAUAGCAAAUGCCUGGUUGAAUGGCAGUAAUGAAAAUUUCUCUCAAAUUUUACAUCUGAUUCAUUCAGAAAAUAUCUCUGUGGACUAUCAACAUUCAAAGACAUUUGUGAGUCCUCUCAUGGUUGCUGCUGGGCGUGGAUCUUUGAAUACUGUUGAGCAGCUUCUUAGUUUUGGUGCAAAUUUAAAUAUUAAGUCUUGCAACGAUUGGAUUGCCUUAGACUGGGCAAAGAACAUGAAUCAGACUGAGUGUGCUGAAUUAAUAGAGGCUUACAUGGGGACACUUAACUGCUCAAUCACGUUACAGAAGUCACAAGAAACGUCUAAUGCCAAGGACGCUUUAUUGUCGGAAGACGAAAAACUUCUACUUGACGCCUACCAUUACAGCUUUAACGAUGAUAACGUCGACUACGACUUAUUGCUGGCAUUAAUCGUGUGUAUUCACUCAACAAUGCCUAUGGGGGCUGUGCUGGUAUUUUUACCGGGUUACGACGACAUCGUUACUAUGAGGGAAAGGAUUAAUAGUGAAAGUAAAAUGAACCACAACCUUCGCUUCAAUUUGUACAUAUUACACUCCAAUAUGCAAACCAGUGAUCAAAAGAGAGUGUUUCGAGCUGUGCCGCCAGGCACGCGAAAAAUUAUACUGUCUACCAAUAUUGCGGAAACGAGCAUAACGAUCGACGAUGUCGUGUACGUGAUUGACUCAGGUAAAGCGAAGGAGAAAUCAUUUGACGCAAUAUCCAGUGUUUGUACACUCAAGUCAAAUUGGAUAUCUCAGGCCUGCGCGAAGCAGCGAAGAGGCAGAGCUGGUAGAUGCCAGAAAGGCGUAUGCUAUCGGCUCUACUCGUCCCUGCGUUAUAACAGUAUGCAGCUUUAUCAGACCCCUGAAAUGUUACGUUUGCCGUUACAGCAGCUUUGCCUUUACACUAAACAUUUGGCUCCUGGAAACACUCCAAUUGCUGAGUUUCUUGAAAGAGCAAUUGAGCCACCUGCAAACGUUAUUACUCGCAAUGCCGUUCAGCUGCUGAAGACCAUAGAUGCGCUAGAUCCUUGGGAAGAUCUCACCGAGUUAGGAAACCAUUUGCUUGAUCUGCCGAUUGAACCACGCUUAGGAAAAAUGCUACUCUAUGCUGUUACACUAAAGUGUCUUGAUCCUAUUUUGACGAUUGUCUGCAGCUUAGCGUACAAAGAUCCAUUUGUUGUACCAUACCAGCCAUCAAAGAAACAGUUAGCUAUUUUAGCCCGUAAAGAGUUUGCAGCUGGUACUUACUCGGAUCAUAUGGCUGUGCUGCGAGCCUUUCAAAAUUGGCAAAAUGCAAGAGCUAAUGGAUGGGAAAAAAUGUUUUGUGAAAAAAAUUUUGUAUCCUCUGCUGUCAUGGAAAUUGUUGUAGGCAUGAGGACUCAGCUUUUAGGUCAAUUACGAGCAUCUGGUUUUGUAAAAGCCAGAGGCUCUGGCGAUAUUCGCGAUUUGAACUCUAACUCCGAAAGUUGGGCUAUUGUCAAGGCUGCUUUAACCGCUGGGCUAUAUCCAAAUUUGAUCCGAGUGGAUAGAGAGCAUGCUCAGUUACGAACGCAAAAAGAAGUCAAGGUAUUUUUUCAUCCAUCAUCAACCUUAAGAGACUAUUCAAAUUCAAUAAAAACAACUUCAGCUCAAGUGCAUGCAGCAAAUGUGCAAUCCUUACCUUGUGAUUGGAUGCUAUAUGAAGAAAUGAGUCGUUCUGGACGAUUUUAUCAUGCUAGAACUGUUACCUUAGUAAAUCCACUUACUGUUGCAUUAUUCAGUGGACCAGCUCGGUUACCUAUGGAAGUUAUACAUGAGGCAGAAUAUGCACCUGAAAGUGAAUCUGAUUCGGAAAUGGAUGAAAGCCAUGAAGGUUCUACUCUGUUAAAGCUUGAUGACUGGAUUGUUUUCAAGUUAGAUCCUGAAGCCGCUCAACUUAUUUUACAUUUAAGACAAAAAUGGAAUGCUUUAUUCUUGCGCCGCAUGAAAAAUCCCAACAAAGCUUUGUCACAUCAAGAUGAGCAAGUUAUAAAGACUUUGGUAUCCGUUAUAAUGAAUGAAGAGCAAUCGUGUGGGUUAAAACAGCCGUUAGGUAUUGGUCAAAGACCUCGACCGCUGCUUGUUGAUUACUAUCCUGCUAGUACCAGACGCACAGAUAAUCAUAAUGAUAAAAAUUGAAGCAUUUGGACUUAACUUGAUUCAUGACUGCCUUGUAAAUCAAAAAUGUUACACUUUUGAUCUCAGCACUUUGGAUUAAAUCAAAUAAAAAUAUAUUCGAAUCUUAAAUUUACAUUAUUUUUUUCUUUUUUUUGUAC